AACACUACGAAUGUAAACGUGUUUCCGGUUAUGUUGAACGUGAGCGUGGUAGCUCUCAGUCACGCUUAGAUGUAAAUAAAGGGCUUAUUUUUUUGCAAGAUGGUUCGAAAAUUGAAAUUUCACGAGCAGAAGCUCUUGAAGAAAGUCGAUUUUAUAAGCUGGGAGGUUGACAACAAUCUGCACGAGGUGAAAAUUUUGAGAAAAUACCAUAUUGAGAAGAGGGAGGAUUACACCAAGUACAACAAACUUAGUCGAAACAUCAGAGAGCUGGCACAGAAAAUACGGGACCUGGAUGAAAAAGAUGGUUUCAGAGGUCAAAGCACAGCUCGUCUCUUGGAAAAACUUUACAGUGUUGGCUUAAUACCUACCAAACAGAAUCUUUCACUUGCAAGUGAAGUCAGUGCAUCAACAUUCUGCAGGAGACGGCUUCCCACAAUAAUGCUGAAACUGCGCAUGGCCCAGAAUCUUAAAACAGCUAUAACCUUUAUCGAGCAGGGGCAUAUUCGAGUCGGCCCUGAGCUUGUCACUGAUCCUGCUUUUCUUGUAACGAGGAGUAUGGAAGACUUUGUCACGUGGGUGGAUUCCUCCAAGAUCAAACAACAUGUGAUGAACUACAAUGAGGAGAGGGAUGAUUUUGACCUUGUGGUAUAAAUUUCUUAAAUCCAGAUAGACCAAUUCCUUCUAACAGAUCUGAUGGUCGGCAUAUAAAGAUCCGCUUUCAUUACGUUAAUUUCACAAUGCAUUUAUUUGUAAGCACAAGUGUAUUGAAGUGUUUUUUUAUUUUGCAUCAUGUAUAUCUUCUAGAACAAUAACCCUUUAUAAUGCUUUUGUCAUUAUGUACUAAUGUGUGCUCCUUAAAAUUUACAAAUAAACAAUAUUUUUCACA